AUGAAAAAGUUUAUGAAACUCUUUGGCAAGUCGAAAACAAAGUCGACGGUCACUGCUGAUGAUCAAUAUUUCGAUAAGCCUGCCGCGAAAAAUGGGAAGAAGUUUGGAAUGUACGGUAACCACAGUGUUCCUGACUUCCGACAGACGUACAAACACAAAUUCCAGGAUGCUCCGCCUAUGCCAGAUGUUCCUCGCAAGCUAAAGCCAUCGCUUGCGGUUAAGCUUCCAAACGAAAUCUUGGCCAAAAUAUUCACUUAUGUCGCGCCUCAUGUUGGCAACGAAUCGCUCUACUCUGAUGAGGAAAUACUUCACUACGUCAAUGGCUGUGUCCUUUGCGAUAGUCGUGAUCUAGCUCAUAUCGCCCUGGUCUGUUUGAAAUGGUCUCGGGUCGCUCAGAUGCUACUCUACAAAAACAUUCAGUUGGAACGAGUUCAUUAUUGUGGUCGUGAAGAGCAGCUUGACGAGCUUCGCAAACGUCGCUCGAGAGUUAUCUACACCGACCCGGACACUAUCGACACUGCCGCCGAGAGGAUGGACCUCUUGAUUCGCACUUUUAGGUUGAACGACGACUUGGCUAACUACACACUCUACAUUCGACUCCAGUACAUGACCCGAGAGUCCUGCAAAAAUGUCCUGACUUCGUUGGUAAACGUCCCACUGUCCAACCUCCGCUGGAUGGACUUGCCAGACGGCUUCUACAAGGACGACCCAACAUGUCAAGCAUUGAAGGCUAUUAUGUAUCAGAAGUGCCCAGACCUGCGACGCAUGCGUUGGACAGAAGGGUCCGAAAAUGGGUUUUUGGGGCUCUCCAUUGAUAGGCCGUGGGUCAAUCUCGAGUUUAUUGAACUCUGGAAGUUGAAUGUCGAAGAAGAACAAAUCGCUGGAGUUUUGGCAACCCUCCCAAAGAUCACCUCAGUUGGUAUCCAAGAGCUACCCUGGGUCACCGGUCGUUUCUUGUCUCCAGGAGUCGCUGGAAAACGCCCAUUGCUUCCACCUCUCAACUCACUUUCCAUCUCAAAAUGUGACAAAAUCACAUACGAUUCAAUCAUCGCAUAUAUCUCUUCGCCAGCUGUCCAGCAGACUUUGGAACACCUAACGUUAAAGGAAAUCGACUUCCCACCCCAUCUUAUCUACCAAAUCCUCCAGCAGCUUCCCUACCUAAAGACGCUGCGUAUUAACGCUCCGGUCACUAGAAUUUUCCCGGCUUAUGAUCAACCACCACAUCCACCAUUGCAAAGCGCUACCCUCCGUGAACUUUCUUAUGAAAUCCGACCUGCUCAACAAUCCAAGACUCUCGCAAGCCCUGCAACGAGUUACUACGAAUAUCUCUGCGAAAGCUUACGUCUCGGCGGUCUUCCAAAACUCAAGACGCUUCAUGUGCGCGACGAGAACUUUGGGAAGAUGCUAAAGCGUGUUACGGAGACUAUGCAAACUUACGGCAAGGAUUUCCAGAUUCUACAACGACUUGAGAGUCUUACUAUUCACGCCAAGGGUUGGAAUGGGCUCGUUUGGUCGACAUUUACCUUAACGGAUCAAGGAGCCGGUGAGGAACUUGACGAGUUCGGUGCCCUUCUCGCAGCCGCAGGUGGAGGACCUCAAUCUCCUCGAUUCUUGGGACUCCCGAAUCCGAACGACGAGAAGCGACUCUCGUGGCGAGAGCGACGUGAUAAUCGAAAGAGUAGAAUGGAUCUUUGGCGAUAA